AUGUUCAAGAAAGAUAUCCCCGCGAGCAACCGCUCCAAGGUCAAAUCCUCCGUGCAGCGCGGCCUGCGCCAGAAGCUGCUGGAGACGUACCCGGGCUUUGAGCCGUACAUUGAGGAGAUUCUCCCGAAGAAGGCCUCAUUGGAAGCCGUGAAGCUACCCGACCGCGUAACCCUCUACACAAUAGACACAACGCCCCUCUUCUUCCAGCCUAUGGACGGCCCGCCCAUCCCGCACCUCCGCCUCAUCCACGCCUUCCCCACCGCCCUGCCAACCAUCCAGAUCGACCGCGGCGCCAUCCGCUUCGUGCUGUCCGGCGCCGCACUGAUGGCCCCCGGACUGACCUCGCCUGGUGGGCGACUGCCGGAUGCGGAGCAUGGCCUGGAGGCUGGGCAGGUGGUUGCCGUUACGGCGGAGGGCAAGCAGGAGGCGUGUUUAGUGGGCACUCUCAAGGUUGGCACGGAGGAGAUGAAGAAUAAGGGGAAGGGGGUUGUUAUGGAUGAGGGCCAUUAUCUGGGGGAUGGGCUGUGGCGGAUGCAGUUGGAUUAA